CCUCCCUGCCGGUGGCGUCGGGAGCCCAGGAGCGGAGCGUCAUCCAUCCGCCACCUCUCACUAGUUGAGUUGAAUUGUCAGUCAGAAGGAACGCCCCGCCCUCUGGAGUGUCCCUCCCAGGCUCUGCCCUGUCUGCUUCAGUCCGUGCACGGCACCGAGGGGGAAGGAUCUCUGGCGGAGGAGAACUGCUGGCUGGUGCAGGGACCGAGGUCGGUUCAAGUCCUGGGCCAGCAUCACACAGAGGGCAGCAGCAGGAGGAAGAGGUAGCAGCUCCUGCCCUGGUGAACCAUAAGAAAUGCUCUCCCGAUUAAGAGUAGUUGCCACUCCCUGUGCACUGGCAUGUCGCACUGUGCACACGAAAGAAAAAGGCAAGCCGCUGAUGUUAAACCCAAGAACAAACAAGGGCAUGGCCUUUACAUUACAGGAAAGACAAAUGCUUGGGCUCCAAGGACUUUUACCUCCUAAAAUAGAGACGCAAGACAUUCAAGCCUUACGCUUCCAUAAGAAUUUGGCAAAAAUGAGUGACCCCUUGGAAAAGUAUAUCUACAUAAUGGGAAUCCAAGAGAGAAAUGAAAAGUUAUUCUACAGGAUAUUACAAGAUGAUAUCGAGAGAUUAAUGCCAAUAGUGUAUACACCAACAGUAGGUCUGGCCUGUACCCAAUAUGGACAUAUCUUUAGGAGACCAAAAGGAUUAUUUAUUUCUCUCUCAGACAGAGGUCAUAUCAGGUCAAUUGUGGACAACUGGCCAGAAACAGAUGUCAAGGCUGUUGUAGUAACUGAUGGAGAGAGAAUAUUAGGUCUUGGAGAUCUGGGUGUCUAUGGAAUGGGAAUUCCUGUAGGAAAACUGUGUUUGUAUACAGCAUGUGCUGGAAUACGGCCAGAUAAAUGCCUGCCUGUAUGUAUCGACGUUGGAACUGACAAUCUAACCCUAUUAAAAGAUCCUUUUUACAUGGGCCUGUACCAAAAAAGAGACCGCUCACAGCUUUAUGAUGACCUGAUUGAUGAGUUUAUGGAAGCCAUUACAGACAGGUACGGCCAUAACACGCUUAUUCAGUUUGAAGACUUUGGGAAUCAUAACGCUUUCCGUUUUUUGAGGAAGUACAGAGAGAAAUACUGCACCUUCAAUGAUGACAUUCAGGGGACAGCCGCAGUGGCCUUAGCGGGAAUGCUGGCAGCACAGAAGGUUGUUGGGAAAGCAAUCACAGAACAUAAAGUUUUGUUUCUUGGAGCAGGAGAGGCUGCUCUUGGAAUUGCAAACCUCAUCAUUAUGGCUAUGAUGGAAAGCGGUAUUUCUGCAGAGGAAGCGCAUAAGAAAAUAUGGAUGUUUGAUAAAUAUGGCCUAUUGGUUGAGGGCCGAGAACAAAAGGUAGACGCCAAUCAAGAACCAUUUACGCACCAACCCCCAGACCAGGUGCCAAAGACAUUUGUAGAUGCGGUGAAUGUACUUCAGCCGUCAGCUAUUAUUGGAGUUGCAGGGGCUGGCCGGCUUUUUUCACAUGAUGUGAUCAAAGCCAUGGGUUCCAUCAAUGAAAGACCUAUAAUAUUUGCACUUAGUAACCCUACAGUGAAAGCUGAAUGCACUGCUGAGGAAGCUUAUACAUUAACAGAGGGGCGGUGUUUGUUUGCCAGUGGCAGUCCGUUCGAGCAUGUGGUUUUGAAAGAUGGACGAUCCUUCAGACCAGGCCAGGGAAACAAUGCCUAUAUUUUUCCAGGUGUGGCUCUGGCUGUAAUCCUCAGUGGUGUUCGGCAUAUUAGUGAUAAGGUCUUCCUUGAGGCUGCAAAGGCAUUGACAGAUCAGUUGACUAAUGAGGAACUUGCCCAAGGAAGGCUUUAUCCACCACUGUCCAACAUCAAAGAAGUUUCUAUUUGCAUUGCUGUUAAAGUUAUGGAAUUUAUGUACGCAAACAACAUGGCUUUCCAUUACCCUGAACCUGCAGACAAGAACCAAUAUAUACUAUCAAAGGUUUGGAGCUACGAAUACGAAUCCUUCAUGCCAGACGUGUAUGACUGGCCUGUGUCUACGGCAAAGCCAUCUGAAAUGCACUGACAUACAAAAGAUCACACUCCUCGGGUGCUGUCUUCUACUCUGCAGGGAAUCCUUUUCAGACCAAUUUACGAUAAUGACUUUUGCAACUUGUAACUUAUUUUCCCUCAUUUUGUCGUCUCCUCUCCACCCCCUCAUUUUUCUGCGUGACUGAUUUUUCCCAUAAGAAUCUGAUCAACUAUACUGGUGAUGGCUCACAUCACAUUAAUGGUAUAGCUGUCCAAAAUUAAUUUAAAUGACAGUAAUGUUGUAACUCAAGUUUAGAGCCCUCCUCACAUCAGAGAAUUUUUAAAUGGUAUUUUAGCCAUAGACAAAUGAUAAUGAACUGUAUUCUCCGUCUCAUCAUUGCUGAUUGCCAAGAUAUAUGCUUUGCUUUUUAAUAA